AUGACCCAACGAAACUAUUAUGGAAGAGUUGUAGUGGAAUCGAUUCGUAUUACAUAUGAAGCAUCAGAUGGAACAAUAUUUAACGAAUUCAACCAUGAUACAGGCGGUGGUAAAACACCAAGCAGUACUAUAUGUGGCAGGUCCUUCACUUUACAAUCCGAUGAAAAAAUUAUCGAAGUUAACGGCAAAUAUAGCGAAGACCUGAUUAAUACAUUACAAUUCGUUACUAAUAAAAGCAGAACAAUUCCUAAUUCCACAUGUGGCGGUAGUGGUGGUACAAUGUUUAAAGAUACAAGAUCGGGUUACUAUCUGUCGUUUAUAAGUGGUAAAUCAGGAGAUAUAUUAGAUCAAAUACGGUUCCAUUGGGCCAAACUUCCAAAUCAAACUACGACAUCAACAACAAGGACAACAAAAACACCAUCAACAACAUCAUCAUCCACAACAACAACAGUAUCAACAUCAUCAUCAACAUCAUCAUCCUCAACAACAUCAACAACGCCAUCAACAACAAUAUCAUCUUCAACAACAGCAACAUCAUCAUCUUCAACAACAACAGCAUCAAUAUCAACAUCAUCAUCAUCAACUUCAUCAUCUUCAACAAUAUCAGCAUCUACAACAACAACAACAUCAACAUCAACAACAACAACCACAACAAUAUCAUCUUCAACAACAACAACAUCAUCAUCAACAACAUCAGUACAGCAAACAUCACCUAUGGUAACGACUAUGAGCAAUGUUAUUAGUUCAUCAUCGGUUUUCAUUCCAAAACCUUGCACUGAUUCAACGUUUAUUGGUCUCAGUUGCAAUAUCUCAAAUACUCCAUGUGAGCUGGCAACACCAUGUGAAAACGAUGGUACAUGUAUGAGCAAUAAAAUGGCAACUUAUGGAUAUGUUUGUUCAUGUCUAUCAGGUUUCACUGGUACUUAUUGUGAACUUGAUCACCGAAUCUGUAAACCACAUUUAUGUUUACAUAAUGGUACGUGUAAUGAAACAUCGAACACAACAUUUCAUUGUGUAUGUGCAAAUGGUUGGGAAGGUAUUCAUUGUGAAUCAAUGGUCAACCAUUGUGAAGGUGUAGAAUGUAUGAAUAAUGGUAUUUGUCGUCCAUUAUUAUUAGGUUAUAAGUGUGAAUGUCUUGGUACUAGUUAUUAUGGUUCUCAUUGUGAGUUUACUGCCAGAAAAGUUGUUAUCUCAAAAAUCAUUUCAAAAUCAUUUUCAUAUAUUGCAAUUAUUGCUCUGUCAAUUGUUGUACUGUUUAUUGUAAUAAUGGAUAUAUUAACAUAUUGUUUUGGUAUUGAUAUGACACGUGAAGAGCUAGAACGAUAUCGACGAGAGAAACGAGACAAAAAACGAAUAAAUCGUCGUGUUAAUAUGCAAUUGAUUCGUACAAAUAUAUCAUAA